AUGGAACAAUAUCAAGUCGAUUUUAUGGCUUUUGGGCUCGCUUUUUUUCUGCUCCUUGCUCUGACUGGUGGCGGUGUUGGACUUAUAAGUCUUGGCACGAGCGAAGGGCCACCAGAAAUGCAACCCAAUACAUACAGGGAUUUGAAUCUUACCCAUAGUUACUGGUCAGAGGAAGAUUGGCUCAGCUGGUUCCAGGAGCAGCGUCAAAAGAUUGUUUUAUUAACCGCUGGUCCCCCGCUCAUUCUUAUUGCUUUCGGCCUUUUUUUAAGACCAAUUGUGAUUUACCAAGAACGCGUACAAAACCGACAGCUGGGUAUUAAUGUUCCAAAUUGGAAAUUUUCAGUCAGGAAAAAUGCCCUAAUUUUCGCAACCAUCAUGUUAUUGUCGAUUGGUUUGGCGCUGACCGUGGUUGGAAAUGUGGCUCCGGCGUCUUUCUGGUUACUUAGAGGAUGUGAAAUUUGCAAGGAGAAGAAUUUUCAGUUUCAGCGACAACUAAAGGUUUGUCGAAUUAUCGGUCCACUAGCCAUAAGCUUUGGUAUAUUGUUACCAAUCGUUUGCAUUCUCUAUCGUCAUGUGAAGAAGAAGAUCGGUGACGACGAAGAUAUCAAUGGACUAAUUCGCCAAAUGUUGUUAAAAUAUUUAUGUUGUAUGCGAACUUGCUCUUCCGAGCUUGAGACGUACCAGCCGAUCCUGUAACAGGAUCUGACCCGAGAAACUCAGCACAGCAACCCGAGGGACAGUGUUUGCAUCCAAUAGGUUCGGCACAACCUUCGCCAACUCAAUACCGUAACGCAUCACCACAGCUUGGACAGAGUUAUCAGCCAAACAAAGCGGAAUUGCCUCCUCCAUCGUACGAGAGUGUUGUAAACCAGAACUUAGCUUUGCCAAGUGCUCCACCCUUAGCAGUUGUGGAUGUAGGAAUAUUUUAGGGGGAUGGGGAGGAGGGGGGGGGGAGGUGAAUUGAAAGAAUCGAAACAGCGCUCGCUCUCAUUCUUCGAGGUCACAUGACAUCUACCAAUAAAACUGUUUCCCGCGAAACGUCGCUGAGCGGGCACCAUUAGGGAGCUUACAAAACGACGACGCCGACGGCAACGACGACGCUACAAAACGAUAGGUUUAGUAAGCAAAAACAAUUGCUCUGCAUGCUCUGCACGUGCGUUUUACAUUGUGGUACAGUUGCCGUCAUCUCCUAAAUGACGACGUGAAAUGACCAAAUUCAAGGUUCUGUGGAGGACGUUAGCACAUGACGAUGAAUUUUCAGUUCUCUCUCUACGCUUCCAGCUCACUCAUACCAGUUUAAUUCCUCGACAGUUACUACACAUUUUUAACGCGGAACUACAUGAAAUAGUUUCGUAGUGAUAUGAAUAACGCGGAUUUGUAUUUUUAAAUGAAGUCCUCGUAGCCGUCGUCGUCCUCGUUUCGUAAGCUCCCUAAUGAAAAAUCUAUGACGUCUUCUAUGACGCCUUCGAAUCUCAUCAAUGUUUCCCUAGGCUGCGCCUCGGGGAAACUUUGAGAUUCUGGCUGCGCCUCGGACCAGAAAUGGUUUAAUUUUGAAAAGAUUCUUUUUUUUUCAAUUGUUCAUUUAUCUUUGAAAAAUGAAACAAAAUUAACUGUUUUCCUUCGACCAGUCAUUUGUCGGCAGUGUUUUUUAAGUGCCGGCGUGAGAUUAUGGUUUAAUUUUAUUCGCUGAACAGUUUUUUGGUUUGAAAACAGUUCAUUCUUUUUUUGAAAUCAAACCAGUUUUUAAUUUUUUAUAAGUGGUUUUGAACAUUUUUGCCCAUUUUAACAUAUUUAGAUAUCCUUCUGUAAUUACUUUAAUAUUUUUUUAGAUGUAUUUUAAAAUUUAAAUCCUUCUGUAGAGAAUAUGAAAAAAUAAACUAUUUUGAAUAUUAUUAUGAUAGAUUGUUGUCUCUGAUGCUAUCAAAUAAAAUAAUAAUAUUAUUUAUUGCAUGUGAACAAUACUUUUUAAUGUUUGGGGUUAAAUUCUCAGCUUAGUGGUGAGGGUUAGGCACUUAUUUUGAAUGGUUAGCUUUCAUGUAAGGUUAGGGACACUGCCUGGCUAGUACUUAAAUACGGAAUGCCGGAAUGAUGGAAUGCCGGAACGGUGGAACGCUGGAACGCUGGAAUACUUAAACACGGAACGCCGGAAUACUUAAACAUGGAACGCCGGAAUACUUUAAAAAAGAACGCCAGAAUACUUAAACAUGGAACGCCGGAAUACUUAAAAAAAGAACGCCAGAAUACUUAAACAUGGAACAGUUAUGAAAAUUCUGACAAUUGGAACACAUGGUCCCCCCCACCCCAAAAGUGUUCGGGGCAAAAAAUUAAAGUACAAAACAAUGGUGAAAUAUGAACCCUUUUAUUGUCGUAAAAAAGGUUGCUGUUAUUCAUCGUGGUGAAGUACAAUAAUAAUAAAGUAUUCUCGUUUGUUUCACGAUGUGGUCAGUUGUGAUGUAGAUUCUGGCUAUUCUGCUCCUGGGAGCAGAAUAGCCGGAAUGGAAAUCCAUGUAUUCCGGAAUGAGUAUAGUUCUCAAACAAACGCUUACUCGCGUUAUUCCAAGUAUUCUUAUUCCAGAUUGAUCCCAAACGAACGCGCCCUUAAACAAUCACUAUUCUCACAUUUCAUGUACACCAGGGCCCGGUUGUUCAAAGGCUGGAUAACGCUAUCCAGCAGAUAAAUCGCUAUCCAGUGGAUAAGUGUUAACAAAACAAACCACGCUAUCUGCUGGAUAGUGAUUUAUCCAGUGGAUAGCGUUAUCCAUCCUUUGAACAACCCGGGCCAUGGAAACUAGUCAUAAAACAUUUUGGGGAUAACCCCCUCCCCCCCAAAAAAUAAAAAAUUCUCAGGGCUUGGUAAUACCCUUUGUCACCUCGUGCUACAGUUCAAGAGGGUUAGGGCAAAUUUGGUUUACCUGAAAAAAUUUCCUAGCAAAUGUUACAGAGGACCCUAUGAAAAUAAACAAACAGAGCACUUAUUGAGUCAAAUAUGAAACAAAUUCCGCAAACUGCAGUUGAACUAAAGACUGUUCUGAUCUUGAGCACUUGAGUUAACACACCUACAAAUUUUCCUCGCCUACAAAACCAAAUUUCAGAUUUAUAAGGUAGAUUAACCACACUCUCAAAAUGAUCAACAUAAGUACAGUGUUUAGAAAUAAGCCAGGGCUCAAAAUAAUGUUUCCUUUGGAUUGUAUAUAGAAUUAGCAUGAAGUUGAUGAUUUGUUAAGACAAGACAAGACAAAAUUAAGACAAGAUUUAUUAUUAACCCAGCUCGGUUUUACAAGAUAUGUAGGUUAGAUUUACAAAGGAACUAAACACAGUACAGCUAAAACAAAAUAUAUGAAGAAACAGGCCAAUUUUUUUGGAAAUGUGAUGACAUGGCACUGGAACAACAACAGCUUUAUUCAUCCCUUAUUUAGAUUAAAUUACAGGACAUAACAUGGAUAAGUUACAAAGUGACACAUUAUCACAGAUCUAAUGAAAAAACAGUCAUUAUUCUCAGUCUGUGUUUUCUACCUUAUAGUCUACAGUCUUCCAUGUAUUUCAGUUAAAUUCCAUUGGUUUAAUUCCUUUUUCAAUUGUAAUUGUCAUGUUAAACUGCAUGAUUGUGUAGGAGGGAAAAUGACCCUCUUGAAAGCAUUAAUUGCUGAAGGAUCAUUUUAAUCGCAAGCAUCAAUCACACAUAAAAUCAUGGUGCUUGGCAUUUAUCAAAGCAUUUAAUCAUAUAUCAAAAGUAUCAGUUAGACACUAAGAUCACAGUCACAGUCACAUAUGCAAUGCUUUCCGAGCAUGAAAUAAGAACUGACUUAAUCUCACAUUAUCUGCCAGAGGUGAUGCAAUUAAGUUAUAAUAUUGAAAAUACUCCUUGAAGUUCUCCUUUUCCCCUUUCCAUCCUCCUCCUCAUCAUCAUCAUCUCAUAAUUAUUUGAUAAAGAUCAAUGCAUAUUGCUUAUCUGAAUUGCUUUACUUGUUUUCAAUGAGCAAUAUUGUUAGUUGGCUCAUUCAGUCAUUUCUAUUUUAAUCACAGUCAAAGCUCUUUUACACGAAUACGGUAGUUCACAAAGCGUAACCCAUGCUAUUUAAUUUAUACCACCUUUCAGAUUCCAGUCCUGAAACUCUAAGCCAGGGGCAAGUUGGUGUAUUACCCAAGAAGAAAGGAAGGAAGGUACUAUUUUGAUUAUUGAUGUACAUGGCCUUUGUUAAACGUUGAUUAUUUAAUUAUUAUCAUUGAAUCUGUAAUCCUUGGUUUCAGUAAAAUUUAACCUUUUUCAUUAAUUACACUCAUUGCUCAUGAAUAAUCGGGAUCAUUUGCAUGCAUGAGGUCACUAACAAUGAAUGAGCAGUUUCAAUAUCGCACUGCAUGUUGAUUUCGGAUGAUUGAACAUGUUGGUUUUUUUUUUUUCACUUUGGUUGUUUGUUUUUCUGAUUCUGCUGUUUGAGAUUGACAGAACUGUACAUUGGUUUUGGUUAAAUCUUUCACAGAUAUGCAAAAGUUGCAACCAACUUAACCCUUCAGCCAGUAAGCGAUGCAAGGUAGAGGGUUGUGGUGCUAAGUUCCCAGAAAAAUCAGUUGACUGGGAAAAAAUACACAGCAUGGGGCAGACCAACCCAACACGGCAAAGGGAACUUCUUGAAAAAAGGGUAAGUGCAAUUAUCUUAAUAAAGAUCUAUCUUUCAUUUUAGCAUAUCAGUGUAUUUAGUUUUUUAUAUAGAUUUUUAAACUUUUUUUUACUUGUUAUAGGUAAUAAACAUGAUUAUAUAACAUGUUUUGUUCAAUUAAAUAUAUUUGUUUUACCUCCCAACUCAAGUACAUUUUCCGAUUGGAGGAGAACACGUCAUGUGUUGUGGGUUAAAACUCACUAACUCCCUAGCACGAAUGGAACUCACUAACUCCCUAGGGAAACAACAACUUGAACUUUGGACUUGCACAUGAUCAGGUUGUGCACCUUGAAACUGCGGGAAAUUUGUGUACCAUGGGCCUGAUGUUAAAAAGCCAUUGAAGUAGGACAACGGCAUUCAUUAAUCAAGAAAAGGGAUUUAUAGUCCCAAAUGAUAUCAUGUGCAGAUUAACAAAAGGGAAAAUAUGAAUGUUUUGGGUCUCCAAGCUUUUGGUUUAGUGCCAAAAAUGGGUUGCCCACAUUCAUCAACUCGCUCUUUGAUCGCGGUCGCCAGGUAGGAAAGUAUUUGACUGUGUAAUUUACAACAAAAUAUGCUGUUCCUUGUCAAAUCUAACUCAGAAAUUAUGCUUGAGUCAAACAUUAGAAGAAGCCAAAGCAACUUUAAUACUGUACUAUAUAUUUUUUGUUAGCUGCGAAGAAAUAGACUGUUAUCAUGAUUUUGCGAUAGGAGAGGUUGCUUUUGGCAGCAGCUCAAUUUUGUGAACGCAGCCAGCGUAUGCAAUGGCGUCAAGCAAAUCAUUUUUUCAGAGAUUUUUUCUAUUUUUGAGUCGGGAGGUAUGACAAAACUCACUGUUUCCUGACCGGCCAGUCAUGAAGUGCUUAAUAAUCCCUGUUCCUUUUUUCAAAUGCCACACCCCCCUCCCCUCAUACGUUCUGGAAAUUCUAGUUUGCAGCCAGACUUCCCUUAAAAAAUUUGUAUUUUGAGACUCCCUAACUCCCCCCUUGAAAAUUACAAUUAUAACUUUAUUCCUCCUUGGGGAAAGUGUAUUGUUAUUUUAUGGAACCACACAAUAUUAAAAUUAAUUCAUGUAAUAUAUCAUCCUUGUGGCUCUUUUGUUGCACACAUAUUUCAGCUGAACAAGAACAUUCUGAAUCCCUGGCGUACCUGGCCGAGCACUGACACAGAGUGGGAAAAUGAUGCUAUAAGACCAAGACCACAUUACCUUGUUCCACUUUUACAAAUGCAAUGGCAGGAAAGCAGGAGAAACUAGACUCAAAGACAAAGAUGGACGCAAAAGGAUACACCUACAAUGACAUUAGGUCUCACGUUAACAAUAAAUGAAUAAAAAAUACCAGGAUUUACAUAUUCGAGGCUUUAUUGAACUUUAUUGAACUGUCUCGCGUUUGGAAAAAAAGGGUAUGUUUUUAAGUUUCAAUUUGUUUUUCACCUGUAGUUGUAUGGAAUAUAUUAUUUUCCCUCUAAAUGAAUCAUGAACUGAUAACUGAAUCCAAUUUAAGGCAGAAUUUCAAAAACAUGAUUUACUUAUUGACUAAAAUUUUAACAAAGGAGAAGGCUGAGGGUUAUGUUAUUCUUAACUAUUUAAUAAUAACCAGACAACAUAUAAAUACUAUGUGAGGUUCAUGAUCCAGAAAAAAAGUAGAUGUACAAUAUAAAAUGCAUGUCAAAUAAAAACCAGCAGGGGUCUAUCCAUGAGUCGCCUUAGAUUUGACUAAGUAUAAAGUUAUGACCACCCAGGCGGCCAUUGGGCGGUGGAUUAAGGAAGUUAUACGAUGCACCACUCAAACGGGCGGAUGUAGAAAAUUUAGAAGGGCGGGGGUGGGGCUGAACACUUGCAAAGCUGAUAUACAGAAUUGAACGUCCAUCAAGCGGCCAGCUUCUACCCUGGCGAGAGUUCUCUAGCUUUUAUUGUUGUAGCCUCUGUGUUAGGCGGCCAUCAAGCGUUUGAUACAGUUAGUUUGGCUCUAUUUUAAAAGUAUGAUGAAGGAAAAAUAAAUACAGUCCGAGAUAGAAGGAGACGACUGAUUGUGGACUCGUGUCUCGUGUUUGUUUUAUGAUGAAUUGAUGUUUCUGCUAAAGAUUACGCUAAUUUAUGACGAACCUCUGUUGAUCGCCAGCUUGCAUCAAGCUGCCACUUGCCACGAGGGUGGUCGCUUAAUGACAGUUCAACUGUAAGACAAUUGAUUUACAGAGAAUUCAUAAAAAUAAUGCACAAAAAUUUCACAUGUACAAAAUUUUACAGAGAGGGGGAAGCGCGUUCACCUCGGACCAUACCCCUAAAUCGAACCACGCUACUGAAGUAUAAACAAAUGGCAGCUGUUUAUAUUUCACUUGCUGAGACAAUCGAAUACUUGUAUCUUUGAUCAUAUACUUAAUAUUUCCUGUCCUAGUACAGUUGAUGCACAGAUUCAACGAUCUUUGUCGUGAGUAUCAUUUUUCCUUGAAAGUGUAUUUUUUCGCCAGUGAUAUUACUGAUGUUAUACAAGCCCAUUAGUACAGGUAGUACACUGAAAAGCGAUUAAUCAAAAAAUACAACUGUAAACCUGAGUAACCUUGCUGACCAAGACAAUCUUCUAUGAUAAAAUUACAUUUAAUUCAGGCCGAGCUUACUAUUAUUACUUGAUCAGUAUUUAAACAAGGGAUUUUCAGACGAUGCAUCGGUUACUUUGCAACGAUUGUGCUAAAUGUCUGUAUUUGAGUGUUUGUAAAAGGAGCUUGCAUUUAAUGAACGUUUUAAACAUGUGAAAUGCCGUGCCUAAAAUUCUCAAUAAAAUCACAUCUUAAACGAUCUUGUGUUGAUUGUUGCCACAAACAGACCACUUAAGAUAUUCAACAGCUUAAAAUGGCCGUAAAUUUCGACAGUAAGUCUCCAGAUUAAUGUUGUUAAGUAAAAAUAUAAAGCCCCAGGCCGCUUUUGUGUGGCUGAUUUUUAGCGAAAAACGAGUCCAUUAUGAGCAAAUGGGUAGUAAAACUGUUAAUUCUCUGUUUAUUACUAUCAUAAAGUGGCCACUCUUCUCCGUUUAAGUGAAUAACUCCUGUUCAAUGAGUAGGCCGUUUGGGGAAGCCGAGGGUGUGUUCAUAAAAAGCAAAUAGCCUUGUUCCAAAGUAAAGCAAUUUAAUGCGCAUUUUUACUUUGAUUUUUCCGCGUUUCAGGAUUAGUUUAGGCUACUUCAAC